AUGGACUUUGGGCUAAGCAUAGAGGCACAAAAAAGAGAGUGUGUGGCGUUUAAAGGGAUGAACAUCCCCAUGGAGAUACUUGGAAACAUCAAGUACUCAAUUGCCACGCCAAUUCAAAGAAAGGUGAUUCCUAAGCUCCUCCGAGGAGAAGAUCUAAUAGCAAUAUCUCGCACAGGAAGCGGCAAAACGUUUUCGUACGUGAUCCCGAUCUUGAUGAAUCUUCUGAAAAACAGAGAAAAAAAGAGCAUAUACACCAGAGCCAAGGCCGUGAUAAUAGUGCCUACGUACGAGCUAGCUAACCAGGUCUUUGCCGUAUUCCAAGAGCUCAGCAGCAACGGCGUGCAUCCUGCGAUGUUCACAGGGAUGGGAACAGUUGCACACUCUCUCAACUAUCUCGUGGUAGGACAGUUUGAGGUCGCUAUCUGCACCCCCGGAAGACUCGAGCACAUUCUAACGGAAAUAUCAUCAGCCGAUAGAAACAAGCCAAUAUACAUGAAAGUGGAUGAAGGCAAAGUAAAAAAAGAAGUGUGCAUCACAGACAGCCAGAUACUAGAGAAGAUAUCGCAGCCAGACAUUGUGGUGAUUGACGAAAUGGACAGAAUCUUCGAAGACAAAAGCCUGUCUCUGUCGCUCGAAAGGAUACUGGAGUAUUUCAAAGGCAGCCCGCAGUAUGCUCUCUUCAGCGCAACGCACCACAGAGGAAACACGCACAUAAGAAGCAUUCUGAACAGAAAAGACAUGGACACUGUGGAAGUACUGGGGGGCGUGUCUGACCACCUAGAAGACAGCAGACUGACAAUAAAUAAUCUACACGUCCAGGAAGAAGUGAAAAUGCCCAUCCUUCUUUCUCUUCUGAAGAAAAAAGAGAACACAAAAGUGCUGGUGUUUGUAAGUACGUGCAAGAGAUGCAUUAUGGUGGCAGAGGCUGUCAGAAAACUCGGAAUGCCAAUGGGCCUCCUCAACUCAUCUGAGUCAGAGGAGUCAAGAGAACAGGUCGUUAAAUCGUUCAAAAAAGGAGAAAUAUCCGUCCUCAUAUCGACCGAUGUGGGGUGCAGAGGGCUGGACAUCAGAGGAAUUACCACAAUUAUUGAGUACGACUAUCCAACAUGCAGAAGCACGGGCGUGCACAGAGUGGGAAGAAUGAACAGAGGAAAAGCGGAGAUAGGAGCAAUGUUCUCAUUCAUCAGAACAGCAGACAUUUCCACGUAUCUCGCAUUCCUGAACCACAUACACGCUGAAAAGCCCAGAGAUGCCUCGAGAAAAACAAGACUGUGCUUCCACACGAACAGGUGCAGCAUGGAGAACAGCCACAAGACGUGCAUAUACCUGGGACUCGGGACAGUUCCUGCAUCUUUCUACAGCGGAUCCCAGGAGCUGGCAAGAACAAUAAUCUGCGAAGAUGACAGUUACGAUAGAUCUUAUCUCAGGUACUCAAAGACAAACCCUGCUGAAAAGGUUGACUCGCAGUGGGUUGUGACUGCAAUAAACAUCAAAGAGAUUCCGAUACACCCUUUCUUCGGAGUGGCAGCUAACUCAAUGGAGGAGUCCGUGAGAAUGUACAAAUCGCGGUACAACAAACUGAUCACCUCCGAGCAAAUGCAGAAAACAAGGAAAAGCAGGCCCGUGCUUAUUAAGAACACCGCAGUUAAUCUGGACAAGUUCAAAGACCCUUCCUUCAUCCCGUACGAGAACAUAAAGUCAAACACAUUCGCAGUGGGCGUGGAGCAAAAGAGCGACAAGUCCGCAGAAAUAAAGGAAAGAGCCAGAAAGAUGAGGAAGCCUGCAGGACAGCUCUUCACAGAGUGGAAGAAAGACAACAGAGACAGACUCUGCAAGGGAUACCUCCUUUCCCGGCCGCCUCCUGCAUCAGAGGCAGGCGAUGACGAAGAGAAGAAAGACAAGCCGCGAACAAGAAAGUCGGAUGGUGACACGAUCUCUGUUAAAAAGAUAUUUGAAGCAAGAAAGAAGAAAGAGAGAGAAGCAGGCAGGCGCAGACUGGUUGGCUCUAAGAGAACACCAAAGUACUGA